ACAAAGAUAAAAAGAUAGAGAGAGAAGAUCUCAAACCCAUUACCAAAAGCUCCUAACCAAUUACAACUAUCCAACUCAGCUUCCUUACUCCUCCCUUAUCCAACCAAACGUUCUAUUUCGACCACCAAUGCAUCCCUCCCGGAAUCUAAAAACCAUCACUGCACAGUCUUCCAGUAUCUCUCUUCUCUUCUCUUUAACCUUUUCUUAGCAAAAAUCAAGAAAUCAAGAAAAGGAAAAUGUCUCUUACAAUACCUGCCAAUCUCUCAAAACCCAUGUUGAAGCCAAAACUUAGCUCUCCAUUGACCCUAACAAAGUUAUGUUCUUCAUCAAGAUCCACAGUUGUAUGUUCUGCCCCUCAAACCCCAGAGAAAGACUCCUCUAAAUCACCACUUCAAGCUUUCUCUGCUGCACUAGCCCUCUCUUCCAUCCUCUUAUCCGCCCCACUUCCCGCCGUGGCUGAUAUCUCUGGCCUCACACCAUGCAAAGAAUCCAAACAGUUCGCUAAACGAGAAAAACAGCAAAUCAAGAAGCUGGAAAAUUCUCUGAAGCUGUAUGCUCCUGAUAGCGCACCUGCUUUGGCGAUCAAGGCGACGAUAGAGAAGACGAAACGUAGAUUCGAUAACUAUGGAAGGCAGGGUUUGCUAUGUGGGUCUGAUGGGCUUCCUCAUUUGAUUGUGAGCGGUGACCAGAGACACUGGGGUGAGUUUAUCACUCCAGGGAUGUUGUUCUUGUACAUUGCAGGAUGGAUUGGGUGGGUUGGCAGGAGUUAUUUGAUUGCUAUAAGAGGUGAGAAGAAGCCAGCAAUGAAGGAGAUCAUCAUUGAUGUUCCUUUGGCUUCAGGUUUGAUUUUCAGAGGAUUUUCUUGGCCUGUUGCUGCUUACAGAGAGUUCGUUAAUGGUGAACUUGUGGUCAAGGAUGUUUAACUUUAUGUAUCCUUACACCUCAGAGAUAGAGACUUGGAGGCCAAAGGGUUAUUUAGGAGAGCUUUGAUGAGUGAUGACAGAUGAAAGAUUUCAUGGAAAAUUUCUUCUAUUUUAUUUGUGAACGUUUACUCGUAUAUGUAACUGAUGCUUGCGUUCGACAUUGGAAAAUUGUUUGCCAUUGCCUUUUUAAAAAAAAAAAAGAUUAUAAAGAGA